AUGUCCGACAACGUCUUCCGCGAGUCUAACGCCCAGCCCACCAACGGCCCCGCCAACGGCGCCGCGCCGCCCAGCUUCCUCCAGAAGAAGGGUCUUCUUGGCAAGAGCAGCGUUGGCACCAUGUCGCCCACGGACAACGUCAUGUCCCCCAUCUCGGCCAAGCUCAACGGCGCCAAGCAGCGUCAUUUCCAGAAGGGCCCUGGCUCCAAGCCCAUGCCGUUCGCCUCCAAGCUCUCGCAGCUCGCUACGCCGGGCAGCGCCCCCGCGUCGCCGGCACCCAGCGAGAAGAAGUUCUAA